AUGACGACAAGGAGCUCCACGCACCGACCGGUCACUCGCUCUGCGUCUGGCGCUGCGGACGAGAAGCAGCCCAAGCUGGACCGCUUCUUCGGCGCCUCGCGGGCGACUUCCAGUCAUUCAGGACACUCAGGGCAGAACUUACGGAGAGCUCACUCGACUAAUGUUGGGCUCUCGUCGCCGCGUGCGCGCGCUCCCACGCCCUUGAAGAUUGACGAGCCGCACAGGAAAUACUUCCUGCGCAGCGCCUCCCACAGCCCCACGCCGACCAAAGAACGAAGACAGCAGCCCAUCAAAGGACGCAAGCACCUCCUUCAGCUCACGCUGGAGACGACCAUCUCGCCGAUCGCGUUGCACACCAGGAGCAGGGAUUUGAAGCGCGCAAGCUUAGUUGACGCGGAGUUGGAACCUUCAAAGAUGCUGACGCGUCAGGGUCGGCGGCGGAGCUCCUGGAGGUGCACGCAAUGUACCUACACAAACACGUGCUUCGACAGCCGAUGCAGCAUGUGCCGCAGCUUUCCUCCUCCUGAGGCGUAUACUUCUCUCAGCUCGCAGUAA